CCCACUGGUAUCAAGUAAUCAAGCACUCAGACCUCUCGUCUCGCACCCAAAGCACAGCAACUCCCGUCGCAGAGGGAAACAAGCGCUUAUCGUCGGACGACGCUGGGCUAGGUUGAAGGUUGGAUAAUUUUGCUACUGAUUGAUCGUCGGCGCUCCGGUGGGAUGGGGGAUGGCGGAGGUUGUAGCUCCCACAGGCCAAGCCCAGCAUCAGCAUUCACCGCGACAACCGCAGCACCAACAGCAGCAACAACAACAGCAGCAACAGGAGCAACAACAGCAGCAACAGGAGCAACAACACCACCAGCACCAUCAGCACCAGCUCGAUACACCUUCGCUCCCUCAUGGCAAGAAACGCGCAGCCGAGAACGGGCUGGAAAAUGAGCAGCGGCUGAGCAAGCGAUUCGAUCUUCUGAACUUAGUCGACAGCAAUGGCACACGUCUGUACAUCCCCGUCCCCGGGUCGUCCUCUGCCGCCUCUCUGCACACCCCAUCCCCGUCUUCGAAACCAUCCCCGAAACCCGUGGCACCCGUGACGCAAAAGAAACACCACCGGAAACCACGCCCGUCCCCUCCAGACGACUGCAUGCAAGUCGAGGACACCCCGCACCGAGUCUACAUCCAUGAUCUCGCCGCUGAGCUUUCCGACAUCGAGUCGGAUGAGGAGAACCCCAUCUUCUUGUCCGAUAUCGAGAAACACCUCGCCAAGAUCCCGAAGCAUGUUUUGACCGGGCCAGAACCAAGGCCAACUAGGGAUAAUCAAUUGGUGCUGUACAGCGUCCCGUCCUCGCUGACGGUGCCGGAGAAGCAGGAUAAUGUGCGGAAGGCUAUCGUCGAGGCGAGGGCAAGGGUGAGGGAGAAGCAGGUGAAUACCGUUGAGGAGCCUGAUCGUGUAAACAAUGCCAACAGCGUAACUGUAGGGAAUGUAGGAAAUGAGAAGCCUGUGCAGGAGGACAUGUUCGUGGAGGCUGAAGAUCCUGAUGCUAUGGACAUCGAUGAUUAUUGACUUCCGAGCCUUGGAUACCUGCAUAAUAGAAUAUAGCAUCCCACGUU